AUGGCGCAUAUCUACGAGGUCGGAACGAGGGCCUGGCAGCCUGACCCCACGGAGGGCUGGCUGGCCUCAGAGGUCAAGGAUAAACUUGUGGAUGGAGAUAAAGUGCAGCUGAUUUUCGAGCUGGAGAACGGAGAGACGAAAACAGUGGACACAACACAGGCCGAACUCCAGGUCGACAACAAUCCAAACCUUCCCCCGCUCAUGAAUCCUGCGAUGCUCGAAGCGAGCGAGGAUCUUACAAACUUGUCGCAUCUGAAUGAGCCAGCCGUCCUCCAGGCCAUCAAGCUCCGAUACGCACAGAAGGAGAUUUACACAUACAGUGGUAUUGUCCUGAUUGCGACGAACCCAUUCGCCAGAGUGGAUUCGUUGUAUGUACCGCAAAUGGUGCAGGUUUAUGCCGGGAAGCAACGUGCCUCGCAGGCACCCCAUCUGUUCGCAAUCGCCGAAGAAGCUUUCGCGGACAUGCUCCGGGAUGGAAAGAACCAAACGAUCGUGGUCUCUGGUGAAUCCGGUGCUGGUAAAACUGUGAGCGCCAAAUACAUCAUGCGUUACUUUGCGACUCGCGAGUCUGCCGAGAAGCCUGGCAAAUACAGCUCCAGCUCAGCUGGUGCGAUCAGUGCGACAGAAGAGCAAAUCCUGGCCACCAACCCGGUCAUGGAAGCCUUCGGUAACGCUAAGACGACCCGUAACGACAACUCCUCCCGAUUCGGUAAAUACAUCGAGAUUAUGUUUGAUGAUAAGACGAACAUCAUUGGUGCGAAGAUUAGAACCUACCUGUUGGAGAGAUCGAGACUGGUAUUCCAGCCUCUGAAGGAGCGCAACUACCACAUUUUCUAUCAGCUUGUGGCUGGUGCAUCCGAUGAGGAGAGGCAGGAGCUGGGUCUCUUGCCCGUGGAAGAGUUCGAAUACCUCAACCAGGGUGGCACUCCCAUCAUCGACGGUGUCGAUGACAAGGCCGAGUUUGAUGCGACUAGGAAAUCCCUGGCCACAAUUGGUGUUCCGACUGAGAACCAAACUGAGAUCUUCCGUGUGCUGGCAGCCCUUUUGCACCUAGGUAACGUGAAGAUCACUGCGACCCGUACCGACUCUCAGUUGUCUGCUUCAGAGCCUUCUCUCGUCCGAGCUUGUGAAAUGCUGGGCAUUGAUGUCAAUGAGUUCGCGAAAUGGAUUGUCAAGAAGCAACUUAUCACCCGUGGUGAGAAGAUUACCUCCAACCUUACCCAGCAACAGGCAAUCGUGGUUAGAGACUCCGUUGCCAAGUUCAUCUACUCGAGCCUCUUCGAUUGGCUGGUGGACAAGAUCAACCGCGGUCUCGCAACUGAAGAGGUUAUCAACAAGGUGGUGACGUUCAUUGGUGUUUUGGAUAUCUACGGUUUUGAGCACUUCGCCAAGAAUUCGUUCGAACAGUUCUGCAUCAACUAUGCAAACGAGAAGCUCCAGCAGGAGUUUAACCAGCACGUGUUCAAACUUGAACAGGAGGAAUAUGUUCGGGAAGAAAUUGAUUGGACUUUUAUUGACUUCUCCGACAACCAACCCUGUAUCAAUUUGAUCGAGGGCAAGCUUGGAAUCUUGGCUCUUUUGGACGAGGAAUCCCGCCUUCCCAUGGGAUCUGAUGAACAGUUUGUCACGAAGCUACACCACAACUUUGCAGCCGACAAGGAGAAGUUCUACAAGAAGCCUCGAUUUGGUAAAUCUGCGUUCACCGUCUGCCAUUAUGCAGUUGACGUGACCUAUGAAUCCGACGGUUUCCUGGAGAAGAACCGUGAUACCGUCCCGGAUGAGCACAUGGCAGUGUUGCGUAACUCCGCGAAUGAUUUCAUCAAGGAAAUCAUUGAGACAGCUACCUCGGUUCGGGAGAAGGACUCGUCUUCUACUCCCUCCAAACCUGUCGCAGCCGCCCCUGGCCGCCGUAUCGGCGUUGCUGUCAACCGCAAACCCACACUUGGAGGAAUUUUCAAGUCAUCCUUGAUUGAACUCAUGGGUACCAUCAACUCCACCGAGGUACACUACAUCCGCUGUAUCAAGCCCAACGAGGCCAAGGAGGCCUGGAAGUUCGAGGGCCCGAUGGUCUUGAGUCAGUUGAGAGCAUGUGGUGUUUUGGAAACAGUCAGAAUUAGUACUGCUGGCUACCCUACUCGCUGGACGUAUGAAGAGUUCGCGAUCCGCUACUACAUGCUUUGCCAUUCGUCCCAAUGGACGUCGGAGAUCCGCGACAUGUGCCAUGCUAUCUUGCAGAAGGCUCUGGGCGAUGCCACUUCCAAGAAGGACGACAAGUACCAGUUGGGUUUGACCAAGAUUUUCUUCCGAGCUGGUAUGCUGGCGUUCCUGGAGAACCUGCGCACAUCCCGACUGAAUGAGUGUGCGAUUAUGAUCCAAAAGAACCUGCGAUGCAAGUACUACCGCCGCCGCUACCUCGAAGCUCGCGAAUCGAUCCUUUACACCCAGGCUUUGGUUCGUGGGUUCCUCGCAAGACAGCGGGCCCAGGAGAUCCGCCGGACCAAGGCUGCGACCGAUAUCCAGAGGGUCUGGCGUGGUUCCAAGGACCGCAAAUGGUACAACCAGGUCCGGAAGAACUUUAUCAUGUUCGAAGCUGUUGCAAAGGGUUUCCUCUGCCGUCGCAACAUCAUGGACUCCAUCAAUGGCAAUGCUGCUAAGGUGAUCCAGCGUUCUUUCCGCUCUUGGCGCCAAUUGCGGGCGUGGCGAGAGUACCGCCAGAAGGUUGUUGUUGCCCAGUCCCUUUGGCGAGGUAAACAGGCCAGAAAGGAUUACAAGAAGAUGCGUGAAGAUACACGCGAUCUCAAGCUGAUCACCGUCAACCUGGGUGAACAAGUCAGAAAGUUGCUUUCAAGCAACACAGACCUGAAGGAGCAGAAAGACUUGUUGAGCGCACAAAAUGACUCGCUGGUCUCGAAGCUACAGAUCCGUGAUAAGCAAUUGAAUGAAUUCCGAUCAGCAAGUAAAUCAGGCGAGGCUGACAAGAAGACCCUCCUGUCAGAGAAGAACCAGGCUGAUCACAACAUUGUUCGGUUGGAAACGGAAAUCGCUAAGUUGCAGACCACCCACGCCGAGAACCUGGACAACAUCAAGCGCCUCGAAGUGGAGUGGGAGAAAACCAGCACCGCCCUUCGCGCAGCUGAGGAGCAGCUGGACAGCCUCAAGCUAGUCAAUGCGGAACACGAGGAGGAGAAAACUGGUCUCCGUGUCCGUGUUUCCCAGCUCGAAGAGGAGUUGGAUGUUGCCAAGCGAACGAUGCCUGUCAAUGGCGUCAACGGCGAUGCGGCACAUGGCACUGCUGUCCCUCCUCCUGCCGCCGGUUUGAUCAACCUUGUAUCAUCGAAGAAGCCCAAGCCGCAGAGGCGGAGCGCUGGCGCGGAGAAGGUUGGUUCGGACCGGUUCAGUGGAGCUUACAACCCGCGACCUGUCUCGAUGGCUGUCACCGGUCCUGGUGCUGCUCGCAAUGCCGCCGCCACCUCGCCUGGUCUGGACUCGGUCGAGGUAGAGCUCGAGAACUUGUUGUCCGAGGAGGAAGACCUCAACGAGGAGGUUGCAAUGGGCUUGAUCCGCAACCUCAAGAUCCCUCUCCCAAGCUCAAACCCGCCCCCGACAGAGAAGGAGGUUCUCUUCCCUGCCUACUUGAUCAACCUCGUUACCUCGGAGAUGUGGAACAACGGGUUCGUCAAGGAAUCCGAGCGCUUCUUAGCCAAUGUGAUGCAGUCCAUCCAACAGGAGGUCAUGCAACACGAAGGAGAGGAUGCGGUCAACCCCGGCGCCUUCUGGCUCUCGAACGUUCACGAGAUGCUGUCUUUCGUCUUCUUGGCCGAGGAUUGGUAUGAAGCCCAGAAGACCGACAACUAUGAGUACGAUCGUCUGCUGGAGAUCGUUAAGCACGAUCUGGAGAGCUUGGAGUUCAACAUCUAUCACACCUGGAUGAAGGUGUUGAAGAAGAAGCUGUACAAGAUGAUUGUUCCGGCCAUCAUUGAGUCGCAGUCCCUCCCUGGCUUUGUGACGAGCGAAACGAACCGUUUCCUUGGAAAAUUGCUUCCCUCCAACAGCAACCCCGCCUACAGCAUGGACAACCUCCUCAGCCUGCUGAAUGGUGUCUACCGGGCGAUGAAGGCGUUUUACCUGGAGGACACUAUCGUCACACAGACCAUGACCGAGCUAUUGCGUCUGGUUGGCGUGACCGCAUUUAACGACUUACUCAUGCGCCGCAACUUCUUGUCAUGGAAGCGUGGCUUGCAAAUCAACUACAACAUCACCCGAAUUGAGGAGUGGUGCAAGAGCCAUGACAUGCCCUUGGGAACGCUGCAGCUAGAGCACUUGAUGCAAGCAACGAAGCUUCUUCAGCUGAAGAAAGCUACCUUGAAUGAUAUUGAGAUCAUUCAAGAUAUCUGCUGGAUGCUGUCGCCCAACCAAAUCCAGAAGCUCCUGAACCAGUACCUCGUCGCAGACUACGAACAGCCCAUCAACGGCGAGAUCAUGAAGGCCGUCGCCUCCCGCGUCACAGAGAAGAGUGAUGUGCUCCUCUUGACUCCGGUCGAUAUGGAGGAUAGCGGUCCUUACGAGAUCGCCGAGCCCAGAGUCAUCACGGCUCUGGAGACUUACACACCAUCCUGGCUCCAAACCCCGCGAUUGAAGCGAUUGGCCGAGAUUGUCUCGGCCCAAGCUAUGGCGCAACAGGAGAAACUGGAGAUAGAGAACGGGGUGUUGGAGGAGUGA